AUGGCCCCGUCAACACCAACCCCAAUCUCCAUACCCCUCUUCGCCGAAACGCAACAAGCCCUCCUCCUAAAAGAGCACGAAGCCGAAGUCUCCUCGUCUAAACUUGCUAGUACUGCCUCCGCGUCCCCGUCCACACGCCGAACUCUCCAAGCAACCGGAUAUGCAUUAACGGGGAUAAUCCUCUCGCAGUGUCGGACUGGGCUCGGAGGUCGGCUGGUCGGUGAAUUCGCGGCCGACGCUGCUGUUCUGUCCUCAUCGGGAAAGAAGAAUGGCGGUGAUGACGCGAGAGUCUCGGCGAGCGGGAAGGUGAGGCUCGGUGCGCAUGGGAUUCGGGUUGGUGAUAUUGUUCGUGUGAAUGAGGUGGGCGGUUCGGGGGCCAAGAAGGUUGGAAAGGAGAAGGGCAAGGGUGGUGAUGAGAGUAAGGGACCCGAGGGCGUGGUGACGAAGGUUGGGGAGAGUAGUGUGUGGAUUGCGUUUGGGCAAAGGGGAGGGGGUGGUGGGCGGCCGAAGGAGGAUGAUGAGGUUGUUGAGGAGCUUUGGGGGAAGAAACUUUGGCUGAUCAAGCUUGCGAACGACGUGACGUAUAGACGGAUGAAUCAGACAAUGGAGAAGAUGGGAAAAUUGACGGAGUCAGGCUAUACGCACUUCAUCCGCGUUGCCUUUGGGCAUACGACCCCUCUACCGCCAGACUACGAUGCAUCCGGAGAAGUUGAAUUUGUGGAUCCUACCCUGAACGACUCUCAGAAGGAAGCUAUACGAUUCGCGUUAGCUUCUAGGGACAUUGCACUUAUACACGGACCUCCAGGGACAGGAAAAACACAUACCUUGAUCGAGCUGAUUACUCAGAUGGUGAAGCGAAAUCUUCGGGUACUGGUGUGCGGACCAUCAAACAUUUCGGUUGACAAUAUCGUGGAAAGGCUUGCUCCCAACAAGAUCCCUGUGGUGCGCAUCGGUCAUCCGGCUCGUUUACUACCCUCGGUCCUUGACCAUUCGCUGGAAGUCUUAACACAAACAUCGGACGCUGCCGCCAUUGUGAGAGAUGUACGAAAAGAAAUCGAUGAAAAGCAGGCGAGUAUCCGCAAAACGAGGUUUGGCAGGGAGAAACGGGCUAUCUAUGAGGAUAUCAAAGCGCUACGCCGGGAAUUUCGCGAGCGGGAAUCCAAAUGCGUGGACAACUUGGUUCGCGAGAGCAGUGUCGUACUCGCCACGCUACAUGGAGCAGGAGGUCACCAGUUGAAGAGUCAAAAAUUCGAUGUAGUCAUCAUUGACGAGGCUAGUCAGGCACUGGAGGCUCAAUGCUGGAUUUCGCUGCUAUCGGCGCCGAAGGUGGUUCUUGCUGGUGACCACCUUCAGCUUCCGCCCACAGUCAAAUCAGCUCUGCAAAAAUCUAAGAGUCCAGUGGAGGGCACGGAUAAGGCCGAAGCGGGAAGUGAUACUCUGGAAAAGACACUGUUCGAUCGGCUACUCUCGCUGCACGGGCCGGGAAUCAAGCGAAUGCUCACGACCCAGUAUCGCAUGCAUGAGAAUAUCAUGCGGUUUCCCUCAGACGAGCUUUACGAUUCCAAGCUUAUCGCCGCGGAGAACGUCAAGGCUCGGCUCCUAAAGGAUCUACCUUAUGAAGUUCAGGAGACGGAUGAUACUAAAGAGCCUGUGGUGUUUUGGGACACUCAAGGGGGAGACUUCCCCGAGAAAGUUGAGGAUGAGGAUAUUGCUAAGAAGGAAGCACUGCUCGGUGAGAGCAAAAGCAAUGAAAUGGAAGCUUUGGUGGUAGCAAGGCAUGUGGAUAACCUGGUUCAAGCAGGUGUUCGACCUGAAGACAUUGCCGUGAUUACCCCGUACAAUGGCCAGCUUGCGAUCUUAUCACAAAUGCUACGGGAGAAAUACCCUGGUCUGGAACUGGGAAGUGUGGAUGGAUUCCAAGGCCGAGAAAAAGAGGCUGUCGUCGUCAGCCUCGUUCGCAGCAACAGUGAGCAAGAAGUAGGAUUUCUCGGAGAAAAGCGGCGCCUCAACGUGGGUAUGACUCGACCCAAGCGCCACCUCUGUGUCUGCGGUGACUCGGAAACGAUCAGCAAAGGAAGCGGCUUUCUCAAACGAUGGAUGACGCACCUCGAAGAAAACGCCGACUUGCGUUAUCCUGACGCUGGAGAGUUGCUUUGA